UUACACAUAACAAUCUUGUGCUAAAACGUCUAUUCAAAAUAAUUAUUAACUUUUACGAUCUUAUAUAUAAGUAUAUAAGACACGAAGUACAUUGUAGUCAUGCGUGGACAAUUGAUGUUAAAAAAGAUUAUUUUUGUUUUAAAGUUAAGUUUGUUUCCAGUAUUGUGUUGGCCGCUGCCAAAAGACGCAACGAGAUUCAAAAUAACUUGCGUGCAAUUAUAUCAUUUAUUAUUAAUUAUUUCGGCAAUAAUUGCAGAAAUAUCAAUGAUAUAUACUAUUUAUAAUAAUUAUAACGAUAUUGUACUUCUAGUAGAGAUAAUACUUUAUCUAAGCUGCACUGUUCACAGCACUGAAAAUUAUAUCUUUCACACCAUUUUUAGAAAACGUAUACAAUUCGUCACGUUUGAAAUGAUAGAAUUUUCUGAAUCGAUCCAACCACACGAAGAUGUGAUUAUUGAACGAUACAUUGACAAAUGUGUCAUGCUUUACGGUGUGUCUCUAUUUCUGCUAUAUGUGAGUGGGUUUUGGCCCAGUUUAGUACCGUUUCUAACGGAUCAACCGUUUCCAACGCCAAUUCAAUAUCCUGAAUCAUUGAAUGUGUACGAUCAGCCGCUAAGAGUUAUUAUAUAUAUACAUCAAACUGCGAUCGCAAUACAAAUAGCAGCGCAAAUAAGUACCAAUAGUUUAAUGGGACUUUUACUUUGGAUCACAUCUGCAAGAUUGGAAAUGUUGGAAAAUGAGCUGCAGAAAACUACAGAUAUUUACGAUUUGGCCAAAUGUAUUAGAAAGCAUCAGUACUUACUCAAGUGUGCAACUGAAGUUACUUUUGCUGCUCGGCCUUUCGUAUUCUCAAGUAUAUGUUGUAGUACAAUUUGCACAAUUAUUAUCCUUCUUUUAUUUCUUACCUCUCAAUCUAUGACACUGAUAUACCAAUAUACCGGUUUUGUCGGAUACUGCUUGGCAGAAAUAUUCAUGUAUGCAUGGCCAGCAGAAAAUUUAAUUCACAGAAGCGAAGUUUUCGCACAAACAGCAUAUGAUAUACCUUGGUACGAUCAAUCAACUAAAAUACGUAAAUGUCUAGAAAUUAUUAUAUUAAGGAGUCAAAAACCAAUAACAGUUUCAAUACCUUGUGUUAUGGCAUCAUUAUCUCUUAGCUACUUUACAUCGUACUUUUCGACCAUAGUCUCUUAUUUUACGACGCUUCGAAUAUUUUUAAACAAUUAAAACUAAAAGUAAA